ACAAUGUAGUUCUUUAACGAUUUGAAAUGUCUUUUAAACAUAAAACUUUCAUAAAAUUUACUGCGUACAAUACAAAAUUAAUAAAUCCAAAAUAUGUCGUCGAACGAUAAAUCGGCAGCUCGAAAUGUUAAUUGCGUUUUAAAUCAACAUUGAAAUAAUCGAAAUUUGUGCAAUAAUGGUUUGUGUAAUAUUAAAAAAAAGUUUAAAUACGUUUGCUAUGCCUGUCUCUGUACCUUUUAGGAAUUGUGUGAGGAAAUUUAAUUUGUCAACCAGCUUUACAGGGGCUGUGCCCAAAUUAUCACCACAUGAUGUCAAUGAAAUACUUAGAGCAAAUGAGUACAGUCAUGAAUUCCAGACUGGUUCGGUUAAAUCCUAUGAUUCGAAUCAGCUUGCAUCGAAUAAUCCAAUCGAGGAUACUAGAAGUGAAGCAAAUUGUUUAUUAACGGAAGGUCUUCUGGUUGGUGUAUUUGAUGGUCAUGGUGGUGCUGGUUGUGCUCAAGUUAUUGGUAAACGUCUACUUCAAUAUGUAGCUGCUUGUUUAGUGCCCCCAGAACUUUUGGGUGCUAACAUUACACGAAAUAAUAUAGAUACAGCUUUAUUGAAUUGCUAUAAUGAUAAGGUGCAAUUUGUCAAUGAUAUUCGUUCCAUAUAUAAAGAUAGUCUUAGCCGGUUUAUUGAUGAUCUAGUCAUGUCUUCGAGAGCAGGAGUAAUUAAAAAUCCUAGUGAAUUUGGCGAAAGUAGGCAUUUCAAUAUGACUAAAGCUCUGGAGACUGCUUUUAUGAGACUCGAUGCUGAUAUUUCUGAAGAAGCCUUGAACUUGCCAGGCCCCAAAACACUCUCAGUUGCUAUGUCAGGUGCUGUAGCAUGUGUUGCCCAUGUUGAUGGCCCACAUCUCCAUGUUGCCAAUGUAGGAGAUGCAGCUGCUGUUUUAGGAGUUCAAACUGAUUCAGGAGAUUGGGCAGCCAAGAAAUUAAGUUCAGAACAUAAUGCUGAUAAUGUUUCUGAGGUUAGGCGGCUUUUGGGAGAGCAUCCUAGCAAUGAAAGACAUACUGUCAUUCGACAAGAAAGAUUAUUAGGACAAUUGGCUCCUUUACGAGCAUUAGGGGAUUUUAGGUAUAAAUGGCCUCGGGAAUACAUAUUAAAAUGUGUGGAUGAAUCUUUGAAAAGUACAAUUUUACCUCCAAAUUAUAACACUCCUCCGUAUUUGACUGCCAAACCAGAAGUAACACAUCACAGAUUAACUCCAAGAGAUAGAUUUUUAAUUAUAGCCAGUGAUGGUUUGUGGGAUACUAUGACACCUCAUCAGGCUGUCAAAUUGGUUGGUGAACAUAUGUUUGGAAAAGCUUUCCUCAGUCCAUUGAAAUUGCCCAAGAAACCCAUAACUUUAGGAACAAUUGCUAAAUUAUUAGCACAUCGAAGAAAAGGCCUGAUGAGCAAACCCCUCGACAGAAACGCAGCUACACAUCUGAUAAGGAAUGCUCUGGGUGGAACUGAAUAUGGUUUGGAACAUUCUAAAAUAGCUCAUUAUUUAUCUUUACCUCAAGAUGUUGUUCGAUUAUUCCGAGACGAUAUUACGAUAACAGUUAUAUAUUUCGAUACAGAAUUCUUAAGGGUAUGUCCUCCGUAAUGUGAACUCUUUUGGUUGUUGUUAAUAUUAUCAUUAUAAAAGUAUUUGUCAUUGAAUUAUACUCAAUAUAAUUUAUAACCGUCAAAAUUCUAGUUUAUGAUAUAGUCAAUCUUUUAGUAGUUUAGGUUUUAACCACUUAACA